CAGGUCGUGUGAUAGUAUAUAUUUUAUAAUCAAUGUAGAUGAAAGAAGAUAUUUGUUCACACAAUAAAUUGAACAAAUUCAUGUGAACCUUACAUAUUUCCUCAAAAUCAACAAUCUACAUGAUUUCCUCUACAAGGAUUGUGUAGUAAUACCAGAGAGGGAAAAUGACACGAAAAUGUGUACUUUGUAAAGAGACGAAUUACAGAAAUUCGUACAGUUUCUUUUCGGCUCCCAAAGAUCCAGAGACACGUAGAAAAUGGCAAGAGGCAAUAGGUAUUGAUAACUAUGCUGUUAGUGAUGACACAUAUGUGUGUAGCAAGCACUUUCAUCAAAAUGAUAUAAUAACUCAUUGGGUCAGUGGGGUCCCACCCCAUGUAAUAACAAUUAAGUACAAAAAAUGUAGGCUACGGCCAGGUGCAGUUCCAGACCUUGAUCUGGAGAUGAACGAUAACACAGAAGAUAUUGAUAUGGAUCAAUACAAUGAAUUUAAAGUGAAUAAGGAAACUUCAUCUGCCCCUAAAAGAGAGCAUACUAACAAUAUCAAAAAAGUCUUUACUAUACCUAGAACUGAUGAAAAUUUAGAUCAUGAUUCAACAAACUAUUGUAAUUCCAGUACGAUUGAGAAUGAAAAUUUUCUUGACACUGAAACCUAUGAACCACAUUAUCAAGGAGAAAUUGAAUCCAGUAAGUCAUCCUCGUGUAAAGACUCUUCACAGGAGUGUACAACCUUUGUGCUAUUAGAAGAUCUCAAGGAACAUGAAAUGGAAAUAGUCAAAGAAGAAUAUGCAAAUGUUCAAGAAUUAUUGUACGAAGAGAAUAAUGGAGAAGAUAAUAUACUAUAUAUACAAGGAACAUCACAUCAUGAAUCAGGCCAGUCAGAGCCAGAAAUGAUUGAGCAGAGUUCAUCAUAUUCCAAAGCCUCGAACAGAAUGACAGAAUAUUUCUCAAAAGAAAGUGGUAUUAUUAUCGAUGAUGAUACAUCUACAGAUAUAUGGGAUAGAGAUUCUCGUAAACACAAUUCCUAUGCACAAAAUCAACCUUUAAAACUUGUAUUGAGUACAAAAGAAGAUAAUGUUAACGACCAAAUACUACACAAUUUAGAUAAAGAUCCGUUAGAAUCUCACGAUGGAACUGAACAUUCAAAUGGGCAAAUUGACAUAAUGUUAUUCGAAGAUUUACUGGAAGUCUAUACAGAAGUGGCUCUUCCUCGAGGGUGGUCGUUUACUGUAACAUCAAAAGGGCAUGGUACAACAGUUGUGUACCUGUACAUGAAUGUAGCAACAAAUGGGGUGCCAUUUGUGGAAAAGCAAGUCUACAUAAAAAGUGACAUGGUGAUGCGUUGUGGAGCUGUAAGCAAAGAAGUCAAUCCAUUUAUCCAUAAUCUUGUUCGAGAGGGAAAGGAACUUCAGGUUCAGACACUAUCUGACAUAGAAGAACUGAUUGAGGAAUUAGAUCAAAGGGUAGUAUGCGAAGGCAGUUCAAGUAUAGAAGGAUUUGAAGAAAUAAACAGUGCAGUGGCAUCUCGAGAUGGUGGUAAAUGGAGACAUAAAUUAUGUCCAGUCAUCCUGAACAAUGGCUCUACAAAGUGUUCAAAAUGUUCUACCCUGGGUAACGUUCUAGCACGAUGUAAAUCCGAAAGCAACACUGACGACGCCUCUGUAACUCUCUUAAGAAAACAGAGAAAGAUAAAUGCACUGCAGAAAAUGCUAAGGAAGCUGGCUAAACGCAAUCAAAGAUUCGAAGUGAUGAGGGCGAAUUUUAAAGACAGGUUCAGGGAUCUUUUCUCUGAUCCACAAAAGACUUUUUUAAAUACUAUAGACUCUUUGAACAUGCCAGAAAUUCAAAAGCUUAUGAUGAAGGAGUGUCUCAAAGCAAGUGCUUCCGAAAGUAAAAAGGAUGUUAGGUAUUCUGAAACCUGGGUCUUUCUCUGCCUCCUUUUAUACGUUGAAUCUCCACGAAUGUACAGAUACAUGCUGCUUAAUAAUUACAUGACUUUACCAUCUAUGCGGAUAGUGCGAAGAUACUUACGUCAGGUCAAAAAUGAUCCUCAGUUUUAUAACUUGUUUCAACGUACUGUUGAACCUUUUCAACCAAUUGAAGGAGAAGAGGAUGUGAAGGAACUGACGUAGAGCCAAUCUUCAAGCUGGAAAUUGUCUUCAUCAGGAGCUGCUGCUGCCCCACUGCUGACACCUAUAUAACAAUAUAAUUAUGUAAGCAAUCAUUGUAAAUACUAAGCAAUUUAUGUGCAAGUAUUGUGAUGCUCUUGAAUGGAAUGUAUCAUUAGAGAGAGACUGAACUUGAAAUCGUGUAUUAAAAACAACAUAUUGACGCCAAUCGGCUGAAUUGAAAUAUACAUAGUACUUCAUCAUAUAA